GACCUUAAUGCAAAGUUUAUUAUUUCAAUGGAAAAAAACAAGACGACAAUCACAAACUUAAAGGUACCAGAGGGUGGUACUGGAGAUACAGGACGAGAAAGAACUAAGACAUUUACCUAUGAUUUUUCCUAUUUCUCAGCAGACAGUAAAAGUCCCAGCUUUGUUUGUCAAGAAAUGGUUUUCAAAAAUCUGGGUACAGAUGUGCUUAAAUCUGCUUUUGAAGGUUAUAAUGCUUGUGUUUUUGCAUAUGGCCAGACUGGAUCUGGGAAGUCCUACACCAUGAUGGGAAAUGCGGGUGAUGCUGGUUUAAUACCUCGCAUUUGUGAAGGAUUAUUCAGCAAAAUAAGCGAGAAAACAAAGCGGAAUGAGGCUUCCUUUCGCACAGAAGUCAGUUAUCUGGAAAUUUAUAAUGAACGUGUGAGAGAUCUUCUGAGACGGAAGUCAUCGAAAACUAACAAUUUACGAAUACGAGAACAUCCAAAAGAAGGGCCCUAUGUUGAGGAUUUGUCUAAACAUUUAGUGCAAAAUUAUACUGAUGUAGAGGAACUUAUGGACGCAGGAAAUAUAAAUAGAACGACGGCUGCAACUGGAAUGAACGAUGUCAGUAGCAGGUCACAUGCCAUUUUCACAAUCAACUUCACUCAGGCUAAAUUUGAUUCGGAAAUGCCUUGUGAAACUGUUAGCAAGAUUCAUUUGGUAGAUCUUGCUGGAAGUGAGCGAGCAGAUGCCACUGGUGCCACAGGGGUUAGGUUAAAGGAAGGAGGGAAUAUUAACAAAUCUCUAGUUACUCUGGGAAAUGUAAUUUCUGCCUUAGCUGAUUUAUCUCAGGAUGCAACAAAUCCACUUUCAAAGAAGAAACAAGUAUUUGUGCCUUACAGGGACUCUGUGUUGACUUGGUUGUUAAAAGAUAGCCUAGGAGGAAAUUCUAAAACGAUAAUGAUUGCAACUAUUUCACCCGCUGAUGUCAAUUAUGGAGAAACUUUAAGUACACUUCGCUAUGCAAAUAGAGCCAAAAACAUCAUCAACAAGCCUACUAUUAAUGAGGAUCCUAACGUCAAACUGAUCCGUGAGCUGAGAGCUGAAAUAGCCCGAUUAAAAGCCCUGCUUGCUCAAGGGAAUCAGAUUGCACUCUUGGAUUCUCCAACAGCUUUAAGUAUGGAAGAAAAGCUUCAGCAGAAUGAAGCAAGGGUAAAAGAACUGACCAAAGAGUGGACAAACAAGUGGAACGAGACUCAAGAUAUUCUGAAAGAACAAACCUUGGCUCUAAGGAAAGAAGGGAUAGGUGUUGUGUUAGAUUCUGAACUGCCUCAUCUAAUUGGCAUUGAUGAUGAUCUUCUCAGUACUGGUAUCAUCUUGUACCACUUGAAGGAAGGUCAAACACAUGUUGGCAGAGAUGAUGCUAUGACUGAACAGGAUAUUGUUCUUCAUGGCCUUGAUUUGGAAAGUGAGCAUUGCAUCUUUGAAAAUCUUGACGGUACUGUGAAUCUAAUACCACUGAAUGGGGCGCAGUGUUCUGUGAAUGGUAUUCAGAUUACAGAGGCCACACACCUAAACCAAGGUGCUGUUAUAUUACUUGGAAGAACCAAUAUGUUUCGCUUUAACCACCCCAAAGAAGCUGCUAAACUAAGGGAGAAAAGGAAGAGUGGACUGCUGUCUUCCUUCAGCUUGUCUAUGACAGAUCUUUCAAAAUCCUGUGAGAACCUGUCAGCAGUUAUGCUUUAUAAUCCAGGUCUUUUUCCUGUAAAAGGACCGAUCUGUCUAAGGCUAGAAUUUGAGAGACAACAACGGGAGGAGCUUGAAAAAUUAGAAAGUAAAAG